AUGGUAUGCGCGGGUGCCACAAGUGAACUGCAGUCGAAGCUGGCCGCCAGAAGGUACGCGAGAGCAGUUCAGAAGCUUGGGUUUCCGGCCAAGUUCAAGGGUUUCAAGAUCCAGAACAUAGUGGCCUCGUGCGAUGUGAAGUUCCCGAUCUGGCUCGAGGGUUUUGCAUCGUCGCACGGCGCUUGCUCGAAUUACGAGCCCGAGCUGUUCCCGGCGGUGAAAUACAGAAUGAAGCAGCCGAAGGUUGGGCUCAACAUUUUUGCCUCCGGGAAGAUCGUGAUCACGGGAGCUAAGGUGAGGGAGGAGACGUACGCAGCGUUUGAGAAGAUAUACCCUGUGGUUAAGGAGUUUAGGAAAGUCCAGCAAUGA